AUGGGUUUCAUAAUUAUAGGAAUUAGUUCUAUAACUGAUACGGGGCUUAAUGGGGCCAUUUUACAAAUAAUUUCUCAUGGAUUUAUUGGUGCUGCACUUUUUUUCUUAGCGGGAACGAGUUACGAUAGAAUACGUCUUGUUUAUCUCGACGAAAUGGGCGGAAUAGCGAUUCCAAUGCCAAAAAUAUUCACACUCUUUAGUAGCUUUUCAAUGGCAUCCCUUGCACUACCGGGAAUGAGUGGUUUCAUUGCAGAAUUAAUAGUAUUUUUUGGAAUAAUUACCAGCCAAAAAUAUCUAUUAAUACCUAAAAUACUAAUUAUUUUUGGAAUGGCAAUUGGAAUGGUAUUAACUCCUAUUUAUUUAUUAUCUAUGUUACGUCAAAUGUUCUAUGGAUAUAAAUUAUUUAACAGUACAAACUCUUACUUUUUUGAUGCUGGGCCGCGAGAGUUGUUUGUUUCGACUUCUAUCUUUCUGCCAGUACUAGGUAUUGGAGUUUACCCAGAUUUCGUUCUCUCACUAUCAGUUGAGAAAGUGGAAGCUAUUGUAUCGAAUUUUUUUUAUAGAUAG